AUGAAAGAAACAGCAAAAAAAUGCGCUAACAUCACAUGGGAAGCUCUUGAAUUGUUUAAAUCGUACUGUGAAGAGUGCCAGAUGAAAAGAAAGCGACCAGUUACACAGGGGUUCCUACAAAUGGAUUAUGGUCUAUCAAGACCACCUCACCAAAUUUUGUGUCCUGUGUCCGCUAUCGUCGAAACGUGCAACAUAAUGGCGCAUUAUCUCACUGACAUAUUUCUCUUGUUCGGAGCUCUGUACAUAUUACAGAGUGAUAAUGGCUCAGAGUUCAUAGCCGAAGUGAUCUGUGAGAUGAAAAUCAUCUGGCCCAAACUUGUCCUCAUUCAUGGAAAGCCUCAACAUCCACGGAGCCAAGGAUCCAUGGAAAGAGCAAACGUUGACAUCAAAGACAUGUUGGUUGCAUGGAUGGGAGACAACGACACCAUGGAUUGGAGCAUUGGAAUUAAGUUUGUCCAGUUCCAGAAGAAUUCCAGCUUUUAUGCAGGUAUUUGCAGAUCACCCUAUGCAACCAUGUUUGGAUGUAAGGCCAAAGUGGGCCUGACAUCAUCCUCGCUGCCUGAUGAGGUAAUUAAAAGAAUGCAGUGUGAGGAUGAUCUGUUAGCUGUACUCACCACCGGUCAAAACGGAGAGGAACCAGGUCCUGUUCCCAGUGCUGAAUCAGCCGAAGUUCACUUUGACACAGAACGUCCCAGUCCUUCAGUAGUCCCCAACACCCUGGUACCUGUCCGACUUGUAUCAGCCGAUGUUCACGUUGAUGCAGAGCGUGGACAUCAUCCUUCAGUAGACCCGAACCAUCCGGUACCUUUUCGUUCUCAAACAGCCGAGGUUGACAUCGAUGCUGAAUGUGGCUGUCAUCAGUCAAUAGUCUCCAGCACCCAGAGAGGGAUCGGCCCUGCUGUCGGUCGAGGUGAUCCUCGGAAUAUUCUCGGUGUCGUCUUGGAACGUGACCAAAAUGACAUGUACACCAUUGGAGUUAAGGCAGGAGUUCUGAAGGCCAAGCUGUCACGCAACCAGUUUGACUUAUGCCCUCAGCGCCUUCUGGGAGAGGACUCCAUCAAUCGCGACAGGGUGGUAUCUCUGCGAAACCGUUACCUUUGA